AUGUUUCCACUACAAGCUCCUUCACGACGCGAGGUGGAAAGCCUACAUCAACAUCUGCAUGCUGGUUCUCUUCUGGCUGGUCUUUGUCUCUCUGGUGGUUUCUUACGCCAAGAUCGCCCUCAAACUCCAAAGGAGAUCAAAGGAGAAACCAGACCUUCCCAACGCCGCCCGAUACAAACGCACCGCCAGAAAGUCCUUCUUCAUCCUCUUCCUCUUCACCGUCUGCUUCGUCCCAUAUCACAUCGUCCGGGUUUUCUACAUAAAAACGCAGAUCACAGAUACGGCGUGUAUCUGGAUGGACGUGGCAGACAAAGCUAACGAGGUGGCAUUGCUUUUCUCGGCCCUGAACAGCUGCCUGGACCCCGUCAUGUACUUCCUGUUGUCUUCGUCUGUGAGGAAGGAGGUUCUGCGCCUGGUGAGCAGCGUGUUCUGUGUGCGAGAUGCUAAUGGGGUUAUCGGUAGCAGCUCCACGGUGGAGAACGUUAGGUCAGAGAGAGGACAGGCGAACAUAAACUUAAGCAGCCAAUUAAAGGAGGCGACAACCCAGUGAUGACGUAUUAAAGUAGACCAAGUUAGCAUCCAGGGGGCUGCCUCAAUACAUAAACAAGCUAACGGUGGCUAAUGUUAGGCUAUAAAGCACAUGUGUCAAACUCAAGGCCCGGGGGCCAAAUCCGGCCCUUG